UAUAUCCAAAUGAAUCAAUUCAAUUCAUAAAUAUAAUAAAAUUAAUGAAAUAUUUACAUUUUAUCAUAUUGUGUUUAUUACAAUUAUACUUGAUUACAUCAACUCCAUUUCAAUGGUACAAACAGUAUACAAUACAUAGUUGUAUAUAUAUAUUUAUAGCUACUUAUACUUUGACAUCAUUUCAUAUCUAUUGGAUGGUAUAUUUCAUUGAUUCAAAUAUAAUAAUCGAGAAUCCGGAAUUGAAUAAAUUACCAUUAUAUUAUUUGCAUUUUAUUAAUUCCAUGGGCGUAAUCGUGAUUAUUACUGAUGCAUUACUAUGGAAACCAAAACGAAUUCCCUUUUUAGUUUCGUACAUUCCUUGUUGUAUGUUUAUUAGUAUAUACAUUGCAUACUUAGAGAUAACAAAUUCAUUAAAUGAUUAUAUAGAAUUACCAGAUUCUGAUAUACUAUCAAUUCUAUAUCGUUUUCUAUACUAUUUAUUACUAUGGUUAAUAAUCACCAUAUUCAAUAUAUUCAGUUAUGUAAUAAUUCGUUUACUUCAUUUAAAGAAAAAACAGCAAAUGAACUAUUAACAACUUCAUCAUAGUUUACUAUAAAAAACAAAAAAAACAAAAAAGAAAAAAGAGAAAAGAAAAGAAAGAAAAAAGAGAAAAGAAGAAGAAGAAGAAGAGAUCGUACAAUAAGUUGUAUGCUGAUGAUGAUUUCUCUUAAGUUAAUUAUAGAAUUAAUCAAUAUUUACUAUUGUUUUUAUUUAAUUAUUUGAACACAUAAACAUUGGUACAAUAGGGUUAUAGUUACGUUGGCCAGAUACUAUUAACAACAACUUACUGUAGGAGAGAACAAACCAGAUACCAGCGGAGGAAGAAGCGCUGGAAGUGGUUAGGACACAUAUUGAGGAAAGCAUCGAACUACGUC